GGUGUUUUAGGUCAUUGCAACAAAUUCCUACGAGCCAUAGUUCAAGAGUUAUAGUUGGUUCAUGUUGAUCUUGACCUGCUGCUGCGGAAUAUCCGACCUACAAGUGUUUGUUCCCAGUUCAUCACUGUUAUGAGCUAUACUACUGGUUUCUCAUGCAUAAAUUCGUUGAUCUCAAAUCCUAUCUACAAGCUUGAAUAAGAAUAUCGAUGGCGAUGACUAACAGAAACCCAGGAUCUAAAUUAAAAGAUGAAUUGGCCAAUCAGCGUACAGCGUCAUGAUUUGCCAUUCAGCCUAUAAAUCACACAUUCCUCUACGAAUUUUAGGAUAAACAGACCCCUCCUGGUGAUUUUCACAAUGAUUUCAAGGAUACUUACCACUUCAGAAUCAUUGGCUGCGUCAGACACCACCCUAAACACAACAUGACCACAAAACUCAUCCCGAUCGACCUUCACGACCCAAGCCAAUUCGCAGAGCUACUCGCCCAACGCAUCCAAUGCGGCUGGGACAAUGACCCCGCACACCUACUGCACUGGCGCAGUAAAAUCGACGAAAAUCUCAAAUCCCUCUUCUGGAUCACUGUCACAUCCCCAAACCCCAGUCUCUCCGACUACUCGUUCAGCGACAGCGACAGCGAGCCAGAAUUCCGCGCCGGCCAUAUCUCGCUGGACUCGUACUCGGACUUAAAUGACCCGCUACUCGCCAAUCCCGACCGGUCCGCGCUCAUCGUUCAGAACCUCUUCAUCAAGCCCGAGUACCAGCGUCUCGGGCUGGGUCACAAAGCGAUGAAUUUGCUGGAGGCGCUGGCGCCCACGGAGCCAUAUGGGAGCCCGAAUUGCAAGUAUGUCACGCUGUCGACGUUGAGCAAGCGGCACUUCGAGGUGGAUAGUCCGAUGUGGGAGACGGCGAGGGCGAUCUUGCCGCCUGGGUAUUUGAAUUUUUGUGUGCCGGAAUGGUAUGAGAAACGGGGGUAUGUGUUGUGGAAGUCGUUGUGGAGGAAAUAUGAGCCAUCUGGGGAGAAGAGGGGGUUGGAGUUGAUGGUGGAUUUGAUGAGGAAGGAGGUGUAGUACUGGCCAUGUGUUUGACUGUCCCGAGCCAUGAGGCUGUGUAUGACAGACUUGUGCGAUAGAAUUCCUGCAAGGUUAUGUGUAAAAAUGCAGGUGGCUCAAUUGGCUUCCGAUUA